GGCACCGCCCUGUCCCAGACUCCUUUGCGGGUAAACAGACAUGGCCGACGAGGGAGAUCACCCGGACGCUGCGCACAACAUGGGCAACCACCUGCCGCUGCUGCCUGCAGAGAGUGAAGAUGAGGAAGAUGACAUUGAAAUGGAAGUAGAAGACCAGGAUAGUAAAGAAGCCAGGAAACCGAACAUCAUCAACUUUGACACCAGUCUGCCAACGUCACAUACAUACCUAGGAGCUGAUAUGGAAGAGUUUCAUGGUAGGACUUUGCAUGAUGAUGACAGCUGUCAAGUAAUUCCAGUCCUUCCUCAAGUGAUGAUGAUCCUAAUUCCUGGGCAGACGUUACCACUGCAGCUUUCUCACCCGCAAGAAGUCAGCAUGGUGCGGAAUUUAAUUCAGAAAGAUAGAACCUUUGCGGUUCUCGCCUACAGUAAUAUGCAAGAAAGGGAAGCCCAGUUCGGAACAACAGCAGAGAUCUAUGCUUAUCGAGAAGAGCAGGAGUUUGGAAUUGAAGUAGUGAAAGUGAAAGCAAUUGGACGGCAGAGGUUCAAGGUCCUUGAACUUAGAACACAGUCAGAUGGAAUCCAGCAAGCUAAAGUGCAGAUUUUGCCAGAGUGUGUGUUGCCAUCAACCAUGUCUGCAGUUCAGUUAGAAUCACUCAAUAAGUGCCAGAUAUUCCCUUCAAAACCUAUCUCUUGGGAAGACCAGUAUUCAUGUAAAUGGUGGCAGAAAUACCAGAAGAGAAAGUUUCACUGUGCAAAUCUUACUUCCUGGCCUCGGUGGCUGUAUUCAUUAUAUGAUGCUGAAACAUUAAUGGAUAGAAUUAAGAAACAGCUACGUGAAUGGGAUGAAAAUCUCAAAGAUGAUUCUCUUCCUGCAAAUCCAAUAGACUUUUCUUACAGAGUAGCUGCUUGUCUUCCUAUUGAUGAUGUGUUGAGAAUUCAGCUCCUUAAAAUUGGUAGUGCUAUUCAACGACUUCGCUGUGAAUUAGAUAUCAUGAAUAAAUGUACUUCCCUUUGCUGUAAACAAUGUCAAGAAACAGAAAUAACAACCAAGAAUGAAAUAUUUAGUUUAUCCUUAUGUGGUCCAAUGGCAGCAUAUGUGAAUCCUCAUGGAUAUGUACAUGAGACACUGACAGUGUAUAAAGCUUCCAACCUGAAUCUGAUAGGUCGACCUUCUACAGUACACAGCUGGUUUCCUGGGUAUGCAUGGACCAUUGCCCAGUGUAAGAUUUGUGCAAGCCAUAUUGGAUGGAAGUUUACAGCCACCAAAAAAGAUAUGUCACCUCAAAAAUUUUGGGGCUUAACUCGCUCUGCUCUGUUACCCACAAUUCCAGAAACUGAAGAUGAAAUAAGUCCAGACAAAGUAAUACUUUGUUUGUAAGUGCACUGUAAGGAUAACUCCCUAACAAAUUGUUUUCUCAAGUCAGAUCUGCCCCAGACAUCACUGCCUCUGAUGUAUGUGUAUAGUGGUUACAGCAUUUGACUACCAAGUUCAAGAGCACACUUGCUCAGAGGAUGAGAAAGCAGUGUAAAACACAAGGUUGGAUUCAGAAGUACCCGCUUCAGUAGCUUGGUGCCAUUAAUUAUCCUGUUGAAUAUGUGGCAUUGACAGGCUAAGAAAACACCAUUUACAAUGAUGAGGAAGGCUAGGGAACAGGAUAGGGCACCACUGCUCUAAAUGAUGAAAUGUUCCAGGAGCUAGGUUGGCAAGCACAAGAGAGAGGCAAAGCAGUGUAUAUUACUUUGAAAGAAACAAAGUCCUUUUAAUUUUCUUUAGCUUGUCUGAGAUACUGAUUUGUAAAUUUUGAAAAUAUUAAAGAGUAAAAUAAGCAGUUUGAACAGAAAAAAUAGCAUUUUGUGUAUUUGCACUAUUUAUUUGAUAGCCCUGUCAUGUGUAAGACCCCCAUAAAUAAUAGUAUAUGUGCAUUUUGCAUUUAUGUGAACAGUAUAUAUUUCUGGGAUUAUACCCUUUAGGAAAUAAAGCAAUUGAAGGGCAUCUUUAAAUAAAACUUACCAAACUAACACCUAUGUCCAAACCUACACUAUUUAGUUAAAUUAUGUAAAAAUCGAAGUGAUCAAGUAAAAUUUAAAGUGAAGUACAGAAAUGUAACUCCUCAAUGUCAUUUUUUAAGUUUCACUUCUGUUUCAUUCAAGCUGCAGUCAUAGUGAGGCAGUGUAAUCUCACGACCCACACAGUUUCCCAUUCCUUGCAGAUAGUACUGUUUACAGGAAUCAAUCUCACACAACAUAGCAGCUUUGAGAUCACUCCAUCUGUAUCCUUCCUAUUUAUGCAGGUGGAAUGACAACAGCAGGAACUCAAUGAUGUAAAUUCAGGUAUUUACUAACCUGUGUAAAGGAAUUUCUGAGGCUCCCCUUUUUGUAACAUAACCCUGUUAAUCUUCCUCUUAUUUGGGCUUCAUCACUAGUGAUUUUAUCAAACUCCAAAAGCUGCUGUUUGCUUAUAUGGAUACCAAGUGUCUAAAUCUAAGCUGUAUCCAUCUAAUUAGUAAAAUAAACACUUGUGUUCACUCUCUGUGGUACCUGGUAA